AUGGAAAAGCUGCAAAAAUCAGAGCAUAUGAAGCUUUUGAAGCUUAUCACAAUAGCUUCUCUACUAAUAGUAGCGCCACUAUUAUCAACAUCAAUAAGGUUUAAAUAUCUCUACUUCAUCUUCAAUUUUCUCGUUAUCCUCGUCGGAGCUGAAUCCGGCCUUCUCUCCUUCUUCCUCCAUUCCCACACCAAAAACCAAGAUUCCGUCACCCAUAAGGAAUAUUCCGUUAGCAGCAACGUUAACGCCGCCAGUUAUCACAGUUCUGCUGAAUAUUAUAACAAACCGGCUCUGAAGUGUUCGCCGGAGAAGAUUGUCGCCGGAGCAGCGGCGGUGGAGAUGAAGAAAUCUCCGUCAACUCCGAGCAUAUUCUUCAUCGGAGAAGAUAUUCCGGCGGAAGAAGAAGUUGACGGGGGGGAAUUGAUGAGCGGGCAGGAAUUGUUUCAGAAAGCAGAGAAUUUUAUAGGGGAUUUUUAUAAGCAGUUGAAGAUGCAGAGAGAGGAGUCCUGGAAGAAACUCCAUGGUCGUCUCUCUCAUCAAGCUUUUAAUUAA